AUGACGGGGCCACACAGCACUAGCAGCAGCAAUUCACCGACUAUCAGAGCAGUGGAUGGCUUUUUCUCGACCAUUCCUCAAGCCGAAGCAUCGUCGGAAUUAUUGCAGCUCUUCCGACAAUUCAAGUUGGCGACUUCAUCCUGGUCGGAGUUCCGUGAGAAGUUGGAGGCAGACGGUACUCGAAACCUCAAAGUGGUUUUCUUCAUUCGUCACGGCGAGGGUCUCCACAAUGAAGCGAUCAAAUUGUAUGGUUCUGAGCGCUGGUACAAAGAGCUGGUGACCAGCGAUGUCUACAGAGACGCGGAGCUGACACCAUUCGGUAUCCAAGACGCGAAGAAUAAGGGGCCACCAAGUAUCAAGGCGGAGAUGGAGCGAGGCAUGCCACCCAUCGAGCGAGUCGUCGUCUCGCCGAUUUCGCGAGCCAUUCAAACCGCUCAAAACUUCUUUGUGGAGAACCAGAUUCCUGAUAAACCGUUCGUGUGUAUAGAAAGCUGUCGUGAGCAUCUCGGAGUCGAUACCUGCAACAAUCGACGCUCGGUGUCUGAGCUGAAAGCGAAAUUUCCUGCCGUGGACUUUUCGGCGCUGAAAGAUGAGGAGGAUACUCUGUGGACAACCGACUACCGCGAGUCUGCUGAGGAGAUCCAAACUCGUGCGAAGGAAUUUCUAACAGAACUUUUCCGGACGAUUCCCGAGCGCCACGUUGCUGUAGUGACGCAUUUCGGAUUCAUUGAGGCAGUUUGUGCGGCUAUGCUGGGUAUGAAGAUUGAAGCGGGUAAGUGCGAAGUUGUGCCGUUGGUUUUAGAGCAGUUUGCAUGA